GAAAGGAGGUCAAGCUUGCUUGGUUUGCAAUCUAAUGGAGGUUCCCUCCGCUUUCUUCCCUGUCAUCCUCAUUCUGUUUAUCAGCAGCAGCAGCAGCAUCCAGACCUGGUGUUUCAUGCCCCAAAGCGAGAAUAAUUGCUCGGUUGCACCGCACAUUAAUGGCGAUUCUGUCGAGAUAAGGUUCCCUUUCCGGCUCAGUGAUCAGCCAGAGUCAUGUGGGUAUCCAGGGUUUGAACUCUACUACGAGGGCGAGGGCGAGGGCGAGGGCGAGGGCGAGUCACUCAUGCUCAAGCUUCCAUUUCUUGAUCAGCCAUUUGGAGUUUAUUAUAUAGACUAUGGUUACCAAGUCCUUUUGGUGUCUGACCCAGGCGACUGCCUCUUCAUGAGACUUCUCAAUCUCAAUCUCUCAUCGUCGCCCUUCCGCCUUUUUAAUGCAACAGAUUAUGAUACCCCGGAGGUGUAUAUUCUCGGCCGUUCCUAUUAUAGUCCACGAAUUUCUAACUACGAGCCAUAUUAUGGAUAUAAUAAGCCUCUCAAUUGUUCAUCAAGAGCAUCAUCACAUGGUGGCUAUUUGGCAGAAAUUUAUUGUGCAAGCCAUCUUCCUGGUUACUACUACUGGGCCACGGACUUACCCUCGGAAACACUUGCAUCAUUCCAAUGUCAAGUAUUGACAAACGAUAAGUUUUUUAUGUUUAUAAACGACGAUGGGCCGCUAUAUAAUCUUUUGCUCCUGAAAUGGGAUCAACCAGACUGUGGAUAUUGCGAUUAUGGUUGUAGACUUAACAGGAUAAGCAAUGAAACUGAUUGCUAUGUCCCGACAUGGAAUGAUCCUCCAUCAUUGUAUCUUGAUCCAAGUUUCGGCAAAGCUUCCCGAGCAAGGAAUCUCACCAUAGGUCUUGUCAUUUCGAUAACUUUUGUGGUAGUAGCAAUCGCAGUUCUGAUAACCCACAUAAUGUUAAUGAGAAAGAUGAAGCAUAAGAAAAACCUCAAGAUUGAAAUUUUCUUGAAGGAGUACCAGCACAUGAAACCGACAAGGUAUUCCUAUUCGCAACUCAAGAAAAUGGCAGACAACUUCAAGGUAAAACUAGGCCAAGGAGCCCACGGCAGUGUGUUCGAAGGGAAGCUACCCAACGGAUUGCCCAUGGCUGUUAAGGUUCUUGACAAUCAAACUCUAAGUGGAGAGGAGUUCACCAACGAGAUUGACACAAUUGGGAGGAUCCACCAUGUCAACAUCGUUCGCCUGUUAGGAUUCUGCGUCGAGGGACCUGCAAGGGCACUUAUCUACGAGUUCAUGCCAAAUGAAUCACUAGAAAAGUACAUAGCCAUGGAAGAGGGAAAGAACGUGUCCGUCUUCUCUUGGACCAAGCUGCACGAAAUCAGCAUGGGCAUAGCUCUGGGGAUGGAGUAUCUUCACCAGGGAUGCGACCAACGAAUCCUUCACCUCGACAUCAAGCCACAAAACAUCUUGCUCGACCAAGAAUUCAACCCGAAGAUAUCCGAUUUCGGGCUGGCAAAAUUGUGCUCCAAGGAGAGGAGCCUCGUGUCCAUGACUGCGGUCAGGGGCACCGUCGGCUAUAUAGCGCCAGAGGUUUUCUUAGGCAGCAACAGCACAGUUUCGCACAAGUCCGACGUCUAUAGCUUCGGAAUGCUGCUGCUGGAAAUGAUUGGUGGAAGGAGAAAGAUGGAUGAAUCGGACGAAAGUUCUCGCCAAAUUUACUUCCCGGAGUGGAUCUAUCAGCAGUUAAAGCAAGGGGGAGAGCUAGGAUUGGUCACUGACAAGGAGGAAGACGUUGAGAUUGCAAAGAAGCUGACGAAGAUUGCGUUGUGGUGCGCGCAAUGGAGACCAGUGGAACGGCCAUCCAUGAAGCUGGUAGUUCAAAUGCUGGGAGCAAGCCAGGAAAACUUGCCGAUGCCGCCUAAUCCCUUCGCUUCUUGUCUGGAGGAAAAGAUUCUGGAUUGCAUAGAUAUCGUAGAGGAAUAAAAGGUUGCUUACAUCGAUGAAUGUAAGAGAGAGAAAUUAUGUAUGCAUAUGGACUGCCUUAAUGUACUCUGUUUGUAUAAGUUUCUUUGUCAAAAAUGUUUGAAGAAACUUGAUAAGAAAUCAAUGUUGGUUAUUAUCUUU